AUUAUUUUAACAGGAAUCUACCAUCAAAACAGAGCCGACCCAAGAUUUUAUGCGGCCCGGAGCUGAAUUUUAUCUGGUGCCCCCAUUUCCACUUCAAUUAACUAAUUAAGAUCCAGGAAGAUGAUUUACUCUGUCCCUUUUAUGUAACUCCAACACAGAAAAAACUGCAGAAAUUUUUAACACCUUUAAAUUGACAUAACCAUCAAACUAUGACCAAUUUCACACGUAUGAUUACAACUAGAGCUGUAAAUUUAAAUUUUUAGAGCAUAGUUUGCUGUUGAAUGUCUUGGCUUGGUUUGCCCAUUUAAUCCACAAUAAGCACAUUAUUACCACAUUUAUACCUCAUUUAGAAGUGAAGUCUUUUCUGUCUAUAUAAUGUAAUCUUGUUACACAUGGAGCCUUUCUGGUGUCAUCAUGAUUUGUUUAAAAACAUAAAAUCAAACAUGUUGCUGUUCUCAUGAAGGUUUGGUGUCAAAUGACAAUUAAAAAACGAUGCAUCGCCACAUUUAAUCACUUUAUAUAGACGCUUUCUUGCUCCCUUCACCUCUCUCUUUUCCUGCUGGCCUUCCUGUUCAUCCCCCUCCUCUUUUCCACUCUCUCCACCCUCUUCCCUCCCUCUCUUCCUCUUUCCUUUCUUUUUUUUUUAAUACCUGGCGUACGACAGCCGGCCUUCACCGGUCUGGUCGCGCAGAGGUUUCACGUCGAGCCUCCAGGCAAAACAAUCGGUAUCGGUUAAUUAAAAUAUAAAAGGCCUUGAGAACUUUUUAAAAGAGGGUAUUUACGGCGCCCCCGAUGCACCACCGCGUCUCUGCCAGGGUCGCUAUUUGCUUAAUGUGAUGAUUUUUUUUCUUUCUUGUAUUUGAAUGUAAAAAAAAAAUGGGACAAACUGUCUUUUUGAUCAGGAAGAAAGUGAGCGGCGGCACACAUGACUCGGUAAUAAAGAGCAAAACUGCAGCUACACAUUAUUUUCUCCGUCGUGAUUAUUUAAUUGCGGGUUGUUGCUUUUGUUCAUUUUGCAACCGAUAUUUGGGCUGAGAUUAAGUGGGAUGCAGGAACAGAUGGGAGGGGAAAUAGUUACUUAAUUAAAGCGCAGAGUCAACCGCGGCGUCAGCGCGGCCACAGUCUGCACUUUAAUAAUAUCAGCGAGUCGCUUUGGUUGCAGUUACAGCUGAGUAGGGAAAAAGAGACAUCCAAAACAAGACUGAUUAGGGCUUAUCUCUGCUCCGACUGAGAACCGCUGCCCCCUCCCUCACUCUUCAUCUCUCUCUCUUUUUCUCUGGUUUGUUUUUGAGUGGCAGGAAAUCUGACAGACAGUAGAAUAGCUCUCCUCUCCUCUCCUCUCCUCUCCUCUCCUCCGGUUUCUAUCCCUCUCCUUUAUUUCUAUUUGCUCCUCGCCAACAGGCUCAGACCACAGAAACUUCCGCGUUUGUGUUUAUGUGUUUCUAUUGCUUUUACCAGAAGGCCUGAGGGCAAGUCACUGUCUGUUUCCUGUAUGCUUGUCGUGUAGCUUGUAUUGUUUUUAUUGCAGGUUUUAUUCACCUGUUAGUGUUUAGCUGCGUUUAUUUUCCUAUCAGAUAAAAUAUUUCAUUUUUCCCCUAGUAUAUACUCUUAAAAAAUAAUACAUAUAAGAUAUUUUUUUAAAGUAAACAAAAACACCAUAAUUUGUAUGACGGCACCGCUGAGCUGGGCAGGACCACCCCGGGCGCUCAGAUACGUCACGACGGUUCAAACAGCUACCGGCUCAUGCAGCUGGGUUGUCUGGAGUCGGUGGCCAACUCCUCGGUCGCCUACUCCUCCUCGUCGCCGCUCACCUACCCAGCGCCGGCGGGGACGGAGUUCGCCUCGCCCUACUUCUCGGCCAACCACCAGUACACGCCCCUGCACCACCAGUCCUUCCACUACGAGUUCCAGCACUCCCACCCGGCCGUGGCCCCGGAGGCCUACGGGCUGAACUCGCUGCACUCCGGCCAGUACUACCAGCAGAUCCACCACGGGGAGCCCGCCGACUUCAUCAACCUCCACAACGCGCGCUCGGCCCUCAAGUCCUCGUGCCUGGACGAGCAGCAGCGGCGCGAGCUGGGCUGCCUCGACGCUUACCGGCGCCAUGACUUGUCGCUGAUGACGUCACACGGCUCUCAAGCCUACGGCGUAGGCAUGCACCACCCGGACCAGAGGCUGCUGCCCGCCGCCGGCCUGGGCCUCCCUCCGCCGGCGGCAGACGACCUGCAGGGCUCCGUGGAGGCGCAGUGUGGGCUCGUACUGAACGGCCAAGGGGGCGUCAUCCGGAGAGGCGGGACGUGCGUGGUGAAUCCCACAGACCUGUUCUGCUCCGUACCGGGUCGCCUGUCGCUGCUCAGCUCCACCUCCAAGUACAAAGUCACCAUCGCCGAGGUGAAGAGACGACUUUCCCCUCCAGAGUGCCUCAACGCCUCCCUGCUGGGCGGCAUCCUGCGCAGAGCAAAGUCCAAGAACGGCGGCCGGUGUCUUCGUGAGAAACUCGACCGUUUGGGCCUCAACCUGCCGGCAGGACGGAGGAAAGCUGCCAACGUCACGCUGCUCACCUCCCUGGUGGAAGGUGAGGCGCUCCACCUGGCGAGGGACUUCGGCUACACCUGUGAGACCGAGUUUCCCAGCAAGGCGGUGGGAGAACAUUUGGCGAGGCAGCACAGUGAGCCGAAAGAGACCAACGCACGCAAGAAGAUGGUUCUGGCAACGAAGCAAAUCUGUAAGGAGUUCCAGGACCUGCUGAGCCAGGACCGCUCUCCUCUGGGCUCCUCCAGGCCGACCCCCAUCCUGGACCUGGACAUCCAGAGACACCUCACACACUUCAGCCUGAUCACUCACGGUUUCGGCACGCCAGCGGUCUGCGCGGCGCUCAGCACCUUCCAGACGGUCCUCAGCGAGAUGCUCAACUACCUGGACAAAAACUCGAGCGGCAAAACGAGCGGGCCAAACGAGCAACAGAUCAACAGCAGCUCGGAAAAGACGCAGCUCCGGAAAACAGCCGAAUCCCAGAACAAAGACGGGAAGUCAGAAAAGACUGAGUAGCAUCUCUUACCCCUGACACUCACACACCUGGUUGCCGUGCCUUGGAGCGCUGAAUCUUAGGAGUGUAUCUGUGUAUGCGUGUGUGUGUGUGUGUGUGUGUGUGUGUGUGUGUGUGUGUGACUCCCACACAUCUUUUUUGAAUAACUUCUGAAGGAAAUAUUUAUUCCUAUUUAUUUAUCUUAAGUGGAAGUCUAACACUAAUUUAAGUUUCCCGAACACAGAAAGUGAGAAAUACAAAACAUUACAAAGUAUUUUUGGUCUAGUUUCUGGUGUAAAUAACUAAAUACAUUUGAAAUAAGACAAAACUAACUUAAAAGUAACUUUUCAGUUCUUAUAAAUUAUAGAAAAUGUAUUGAGUGAAACUGAUUCUUGAUUUAAAACGAGCUCCUAUGUCUUAUUGGAAAGUUACUUAUUUUGU